AUGAAAUACUCCAUUCUUUUCGUUUUGAUAUCAAUAGUUUUGAUAUAUAUUCGUAAAGAUAAUGUACAACGUUCGCACACUACUGGACAGCGAAUUAUACAAGUAAAUUCAAAUCACAAAGGUGAUGUAAUAGAAUUCAUUGUACGAUCAAAUGAAACUGGUCAUACACAUUCGACAAUCAAACAGACAAUUAUGCAUGAUGGACCAUGUGGGAAUACUUUGACAAAUGCACAUCCACUUAAACGACCUUGUACUCCACCUGUGCAUUAUCAUCUUAAACAAAAUGAAAGAUUCGAUGUAAAGAAAGGUACACUAGGUUAUAUUUUAAAUGGUACGAACGGUACUAGAGAAAUCAAUGAAUAUUUAUUUAUACCAAAAGGUUUAUGUCAUACAUUUUGGAGUGCUGGUAAUGAAGAUUUAAUUGUUUACAUAACACUUUAUAAUGAUCAAGAAAUGAUACCUGGUAGAAGUGCAGAUUCUUAUUUUGAAAAUAUUAAUGGUGUUCGACGUGAUAGUCCAAGUUUUAUAGCAACACUUCAAGUUCAAAUUGGUCAUGAUAUUUACAGAUGUGAUCUUCCAAAAUUAUUCAAUUCAAUGUUUAGUAAAGUUUUUCAAAUGAUUGCUCUAGUAUUAGGUUAUCAAAUUCAAUACGCUGAAUAUACAACACCCGUAGUUUAA